CAUCUGUCCAAGAUUCCAAGACAGUAUUGAAUUCAUCAAGAUUCUUCCAUCAUCAUGGCUUCCACAACUCGAGGCCCUAUUCUCUCUCAUAUCCUCAUCCUCCUUGUUGCUAUGCUUAACCUGUGCAUUUUGUCCUACGAUGCAAGCAUGAUCAACAACUUGAACAAAGUCAAACCGUACUAUGACUAUUUCAACCUCAAUAGCGACAUUGUCGGUCUCAACGGCGCUAUUAUUAGUGCUGGAUGCAUUGUUGGCGGCCCGCUUGUUGGCCCUAUCGUUGAUCGCUGGGGACGGAAAGCCGGCCUGCUGAUGGGCUCACUCAUCGUCGGUCGCUUCAUCAUCGGUGUCGCUACUCUGGUAAACGGUUCUAUCGCACCCAUGUGGGUGAUGGAGUUGGCUUCACCAAAGUACAGAUCUGCGCUAUCAAACUCCGUCGUUACGUCCGUACCAUUUACCUCGUUUCUUGUAUCGUGCAUGACUCUAGGAAUACAUAAUGCGAAGUCCGACUGGGCAUGGAGAGGAAUCAUGUUUGCCACCGAGAUCCUCGCUCGGCUACAUUCGAACGGCAAUCAUGAACAUCCCGUGAUUGUGGCAGAGAUACAGGAGAUUCUCGGUGCUUUGGAGCAAGAGAAAAAGACCAACGGAGGUUGGAAAGAGCUAAUAUGGCCCGUCCCCAACUUGAAGAGGUUCAGCAUCUCUGUCCUGGUGAAUAUAUUUUACCAAAUCUUAGGAGGAAACAUGAUCCUGUAUUUCUCUUCCUCUAUAAUAGGAAACCUCCGAAUCGAGAACCCUGCAACUGUCAUCAAGAUCAACAUGGGACUGUUGUUAUUCAAAACCCUCUGCAGCGUGGGUGGCGUAUUUAUUAUCGACUGGAUCGGGGUUCGCAAGCCUCUUAUCGCUGGCACGUCCGCCAUCGUGGCUCUUUUCGGUCUUCUCGCCGGUUUAUCAUACCUUGCCGAUAUCCAUCCUGAUAUCCCCGGAUAUGCUAUCAGCGCUCUGAUUGUUGUAGCAUUGUUCCUCCUAGCGGUCUCUACCAGCUGGAUGCUUCUUGCCUAUACAUACCCUAUUGAGGUCCUCAAAUACUCUCAACGAGCCAAGGGUGUAGUAGUUGCUCAGGCUAUCGGUUAUGCUUUCAGUUUCCUGAACCUCUAUACUGCGCCAGUGGCUAUCGAGAAGAUUGCUUGGCGAUACUACGCAAUUAAUGGCGGGUGGGACCUCGGAAUAUUGCUCAUUGUAGUAUUGAUGUUUGUUGAGACCAAAGGCAGGACUCUAGAGGAGAUGGAUGAACUAUUUGAAGGCGUGGGUUAUAAUGAUGGUAUGACGAUUGGGCAAAACACUGUUGCUAGACUGGAACAGGAGGAAAGUGCUGGCACUGGAAGCAUUAAUAAGAGCCGUUCUACGACCUCCGUUGAUACAGACUAA